GUACUAUGUUUCAUGCCAUUCAUAAGGUUAUGACUUAUGAACCCAUCUCCCUUGUGUUUCAUAACAUGAGUUCUGUCUCUUCUUAGCUUGCUGUCUUAAACCUCAAAUAUGCUGCAAUUGUGAUCAAGGAAAGUUGACUACUUGCCCCCUUUCCAUUUUCGCAGUCUCCCCGUCUUUCACAAGUAUGGAUGAAGAAGAGGUUAAAAACAUGAAUCUGAUGGACGAGGGAGUGGUGUUUGACAAGACGGAUGUGGUACUUUCGUUACCGGUACAGGUUUCUUCUUUAUGUCCAAAUUCAUGGUUGGAUCCAAAUUUAGCCAGUAGUCAAAAUUCCAGAUCGGUUUCAUGUUCAGCUCCCUCUCACUCUUCCAUAUCAAGUUCAUCGCCAGAAGCUCGUCAUAUUCCGGGUCCAGCACCAGUAAUAGAUCAAUUGUCAAGUCUUCCCUCAAGUGCAAGUCCACAGCAGUAUUUGUAUCCAUCUUAUCAGGUCUCAUCUUCGAGUCUAUGUCUGAGGCCAAUCGUACGAAAUCCUAGUCCAGCUUCUGGGGCAAGUCACCCAGGCAUCAAGAGUAAUCCAACACUUAGCAGCCUCCAAUCAAGAGCACCUCCACUAUCUUAUGCUCCUGUGGUAUUUGGAUCGAGUAGCAAAACUCCUAGUCAAUUGGUGGUGACGCCUUCUAGUCCAUCUGCUUACUCAACUCCAAGUGGAGCACCAGAUGCCAGUAAACAGAGAACAAUUUUAUGGGGCAAAAAUUCAACUCAUGUGGCAGUGCCUCCAAAUCCAUCAUCUCAUUCAACUCCAAGUGGUGCAUUACAUGGCAGUAAAAGGACAUCAAUCGUCUGGACUGCAUUCGAAAGAAAAUUAAUAGAUGGUCGACUCUAUGCUAUAUGCAAUACUUGUACUUCAAAACUCACAGCAGGUAGUGGAUAUGGGACGAGGCACUUGCAUAGCCACAUGCAACGCUGCAAAAGACUGAAAACUUUUGACACUAGACAACAACCAAACGGAACCAAUAAAGAAAUGGAGAAACAGAAAGUUGAGCCCCGGAAUAGUACUUUUGAUCAAGAAGUAUCUAGAAAGGAUAUCGUCGAUGCUAUUAUUUUACAUGGAUAUCCUCUCAACAUUCUGAGUCAUUAUGGAUUACAAAAAUUUAUCAGAGGUCUUCAACCUAUGUUCAAGAUGGUUACUAGAGAUACAAUCAAGAAGGACAUUCUCAACAUAUAUGAUUCUGAGAAAGAAAAAAUAAUUUGUUUGUUGGAGAAAUUGGAUUGCCGAGUUGCUAUCACCACCAAAAUAUGGAUAGCUAAACCAACCAAAAAAAAUUACAUGGCUGUUACUGCUCAUUAUAUUGAUGAAGCAUGGGUAUCCCAAAGUCGACUUCUAAGGUUCAUAUAUAUACCCAAUCCACAUGAUGAGGAGGUCUUUACUGAAUAUCUUAUGGAUGCAUUGCUGGAAUUACGUGUUGAUAGGAAGUUAUCUACAAUAAUGAUUGAUGAUGCAAAAAAUAAUCCAGCAUCACAUAUCUUUCUUGACAAGCUUGAUGCAAGUUCACUCUUGUUAGGUGGGGAAGUACUUCAUAAUUGCUGUUUUGGGAGCAUUUUAAAUAUUAUGGCGAAAGAUGUUUUGGAAGUUAUAAGUGAAGUGGUAAAGAACGUGCGGGAUGAAGUAGUGUACUGGACAGUUUCAGCACAAAGGAUGUAUAAAUUUGAGGAAACAUGCCAGGAAUUGUGUGUUCCAUACACUAAGAAACCUUGUCUUGAUAAUGGUACCUGUUGGAAGUCAACAUUGCUGAUGCUUCAAACAGCUUUACUUUAUAAAGAUGUUUUCUUAUAUUUAGAGCAGGAAAAAACUUGCCAUACAAGUUUGCCGAGUGACCAUGAUUGGAAGUUGGUGAAAGAAAUUUGUGGAAAUUUGCAACUGUUUUAUAAUGUCUCAGAAUCCUUUUGUGGGACCACUAGUUUCACUUUAAAUUGCUACUUCCCAAAAAUUUGUGAGAUCAAAAUUGCGAUAUCUAGAUGGUUUGACAGUCCACUUGAGAUUGUUCAGGUGAUAGCAUCACAAACUAUGGAGAUAUAUCAGAAGUAUUGGAGUUUGUGUAAUCGUAUCAUAGCGAUAGCAUGUGUAUUCGAUCCUAGGUAUAAGUUAAAACUUACCGAGUACUUUUUUAGAACUAUAUAUGGUGAUGAAGCCAUGGUGCAUGUGAACAGAGUCCGUGAUGAUUGCUAUGCAUUGCAACUUAAUUACCAAUCAAAGGAUAGGCCAAAUCGUAUUGUGGGAGCAUCUUCGGCUAGUUUUAUGGCGUCAACAGAGUGUAGUGAGGAGGAUGCACUCAAUGAUUUUGAUUUAUUUGUGGCAAGUCAGGUGCCUGACAGAUCAGAAAUGGAUACAUACUUGGAAGAAUCUAUAUUGCCAAGAACUGCAAACUUCGAUAUCUUGAAUUGGUGGAAAGUGAAUGGAUUGAAAUUUCCAACGUUGCAAAAGAUUGCUUUGGACAUAUUGGCUAUUCCUGCAUCAAUUCCUGUGCCGAAAUCCACUUCUGGUAAUAGUAUGAUGCUUAGUCCACAUCGUAGUCGGUUAAGUCACACAAUUACAGAGGCAUUGAUGUGUACACAAAAUUGGUUGCAGGAUGAGGUCAAUGCUACCUGUUCAAGUGGAACACAGCUUGUGGCAAGUACUUUAGAUGAUGAAGAUGAAGACAAAGACGGAGAUGAAGAUGAAGCCCAAGAUGAAGAUAAAGACCAAAACAACGGCAUUGCUGAUGAUUUUAGUGCAAAUUGCAACCAGGGGAAUUAAUAAAUGCAUGUGAAUAGUGUACGGUUUUGAAGUUAACGUUCUUACUGUAGGUAAGUACUAAUGAUCUGUCUGCAAUUAGAUAUGAUUUUUUAUGCAUAGAUUUAUGAUGUGAUGACCUGGAUAACGAAGGUGGAUUUUUUUAGAGAGGAUCAAGGCUACAUGCUUGGGAAAUUAUUCAGCAUGUCCUUUGUACUUUUAGUAAAUUUGUUGUCAAGUGUUGCCCAUUCAUCUGUGAAGUUGACAGCUAAACCUGUAGUAAUAGAUACUUCUUAUGAGGAAAGCCAGUGGCAGAACCAGAAAAUUGAAUAUACCUAGUUGUCCUAUACUCAAAAAACAGUUUGAUUAUCGUGGUUAUAUGCACAAAUUUUUUGAUAUUU